ACUCGUUUGUAGUACCUUUAGUCAUGAAACUGUUGUUUAUUGUGUGGAAAUAAUGGACAGUGGGCAAAAUCCAACCCCGAGGAGACCGGAUAGGCGCGCAAAUGUGGCUGAGGAUCUUCACUUGGAUCGGGUGGUGGCAUCGCAGCCGGAGAUCGGCCCUACCCCUCCUGAUGGAGGAUAUGGGUGGCUAAUAGUGUUUUCCGCUGUCAUCUAUCACGUCACGGUACCCGGGGUGUUGACGCUCUACGGCUUGAUCAUACUUAAUGCCAUGGGAGACUUGAACCAUCAGCAAGACGAGCUGAUGAGGAUAUGGGACAUGGAUAUAGCUUUAGUGCCUGUGAUAAUGAUAGUGAUGAGAUUGCUCCUGGAGUCUUGGUGUCGUGCUGUGGUGAAGACGUUUAACAUGCCGAGAUUCAUCGCUCUCUCUGGCCUGUGCUUGACCGUGGCUGGGAUACUGUUGUCGAGUUAUUCAACAGACGCAAACAGUAACGACCACAUACAUAACAUAUUCUCCGGCAUGUUUGCAGGUGCGGGCUGCGCGCUGACCGGCCAGCAGAUCGAGGUGAUCAUCACCCACUACUUCCGCGACCGCCUCACCACGGCCCAGCGCCUCGUGCGCAUGGCUCCCUCCGUCGGCAACUGCCUCGUCCCCAUCCUCGUCGGCCGCCUCUGCACCUCCUACAGCGACGGAUACAUCGUCGUCAUGAUAUACGGCGCAAUACUCAUGCAGAACUGCUUAUUUCUCGCCUCUUUCACUCGUCCUGUUUACAUCGAGAGAGUCAUCAGAAACACUUACAAUAUGCUCCGCGACGCCGUUGAAGAUGAUGAUGAAGUUAUCUUUUCUAACCAGAGACAAGAAGACCCGGAGAGAAAUGUUCAACCACAGUCCAGCACUCAGCAAGAUGACGAUGCUACUGAUGUUGUAGUGUUCAAAUCUAAGAAAAACGCAAAGGAAAUAGUCGAUCCAGCGAUUCAAUACAGAGAAAAGACAGUCACUGUAUCAAACCAGCAGAACCAGCCGAGAUUCUCGUCGGAUUUCAGCGAGAUUCUCGCGGCGUCUACGAACCGGUUUUCUUCUGAUUUCGGUAGUCUGGAUGUUGCGAGCUAUGGGAGGGUGAGCGGGUAUCGGGAGUUGGAGAGUAUCGAUAGGAGUCAGCCGCAGCCAUUGUAUCGAGAGACGACGGAAGCGCCAGGCCAGAGCGUGGUGUUCGGCGCCGAGGUCUCGCCCGGCACGGCGCGCCGCACCGCCUCGCUCCGCAAGAACUUCAUCACCGUCGCCAACAUGCUGCUGGACCUCAACUUCUACCUCUACGCUCUUCUGCACCUCACCACCACCACGUCCAUCGUCGUGCUGGGGGUGUGGUUCGCGCCGGUGGUCAAGGCCAAGAAUGCGAGCAUGAAUAUUUGGGGGGUGGCAACGCUGAUGGCAGCAGCGCACGGCGCCGCUCUCUGCUUCAUCAUGCUGUGCGUGGUGCUGCCUAAAGCCAUCCACGAGAAAGCUCGUCUCUGCACGCUGUUCUGCAUCGCUGGUGCAAUGGGAUUCUAUGGCAUCACCCUCUCCACCAACAAAAGCCUGCUCCUCAUCUGGUGCAUGUUCGCCAGCUUCUCCACCGCAGCCACCAGCAUCAUCCAGCAGCCCCUCUACAACAGCACCCUCAACGAGUUCGACACCACCGCGACCACCACGGCCGCCAAUGUCAUCGUCGCCAUAUUCCUGCUAGCCUGGUCUUUGUCAAGGAACUAUGCGUAUGUCGCGUGUUUUGAGACUGCUGCAGUGCUACAAGUUGUUACUGCUGGUGUGUUUUUAGCUUCGUCUUUUAGAAGAAGGCGGUGAUUGUCGUUAUUUGAGCUUUUACUUUAAGAUUUUAA